AUGUCUAGAAAUGUAUUUGAGGCACUUGGCAACUUGCUGCCAGAUAGGGGGAACGACAGUGACCCGCCAGAUGAUUCCUCUGGGAGUGAUUAUGUACAAUCAGAUAGCUCAUCAGAAAUUUUGGGUGAUUUGAACGUAUUCCCCGUGGGCCAUGAGAUCAACAGUGAGACCAGGGGCCUCUGGAUCUCGACCAUUGGUAUGCAGAAAGCAAAUGGAGAUACUGUCGUGUUCAUUGAUACUGAAGGCACAGACAGGUAUAAAAAGCCCCUUACACCUGCUUUACAGAAUCGUAGUCAAUCGUGGCCAGAAGAAUGCUUCACGAUCCCGAGAUUAGGGUACGUCAUCAACAAAUCGUUAUGCCAGAGCACCCCUUCAGACUUCUCAGUCCCAAGUCACGACCGAUUCCGCCCAGACUUCCUGUGGUUAAUCCGCGACAAGCAAAUGAAACCAAUAGUAGAUGGCAGGAGUGUAACUGCCAACACUUUCUUCCAGGAAAAGAUUUUAAAAUGCUGGGGUGGUAAAAGGACUCUGAGUGAAGUUUUUCAAGAAUGCAAUUGCAGGGAGAUUCCCCUUCCUGCAACCGAUCAUUGCUUUCUUGCAGAAAUGGUCGAAAAUCCACAGAGGGUUUCUCAGGUGUUUUGGGAGACCCUGAAGGGUGUCGUCAGUGACAUUCUCUGCAAAAUAAGAGCUAAAAGAACUUGUUCGACUGACGAAGUUAUUUCAGGGCCAAAACUUGCAACCUACAUGGAGACGCUUCUCCAGAGUUUUAAAACUGAAAGGGAACAGAUCAUACGUUUUCUUGUAGCCGCAUUUGAAGAGUGGUUUAACGUACUAUUGUCAUUUCACAAUGAAGACAGGAAGGAACCACCUUUGGAGGAAGAACAGAACGAAAGUCUAGAAGAAAGGAAGAUAUCGAAGGUAUCCCUUCGCGAAAUAGAAGUCAUGGCAGUGAAAAAAGUUCAGGAGGAUUGCAGUGCACAGUGGGAUUGUCUUUCUUAUAAGGACGCGGCAGAUGACCCUCCCCAAGAAAUCUGGAAGCGCAUAGAGGAUGUUUGUAUGAAACAUCGUAAGAAGAACAAGUCCGAAUCUGAAGCCUACUGUACUAAACUAGUAAAAUGCUUAUCAGGGGACAUCCAUCGCAACCUGUAUAAAAAUGUGCACUACACCAAGACUGAUUUCCGAAUGGAUCUUCAGCGUCUGGAGUGCCGUUAUUUUCACGGGGCCAGUGGACCCUUUAAACAAAAAGUGUUUGAAAAAGAGAAAAAUGAGCUCGAACAGAAUUUCAGUCUAUUACAAAAAGACCGACAAAUGGCGUCAAGUGUCAUUAAGAAAAAUGCUGCUCUAAGUCGUGAAAUUUCACAACAGAGAGGAACACAGUUGGAAUUGGAAAAGCAGAUGGAAAGAAAUCGCGGUCGGUUCAAGGAAGAAAUUCAAAGUGAACAGUUUUACUUCCAGGAAAAAGAGAAAGAGCUUUACAACAAUCACCGGAAGCAUCUUGAGGAUACUAAAAGAUCAUUUGAGAGACAUAAAGCUGAUUCGGAGAAGAGAAUGAAGGCGUAUCUAGAGAAAAUGGCGCUUAAUUAA